AAUGUCAACGAUUCUAUCGAUUGGCAUGCAAUGGAACAUGUCAGCAGUGAUGUGUAAAUAAACUGUUAUUUCAUUAAAUAGGCGAACUUGAGCAUGAAAUUCACAAAUAAUGUAUAGUUAAUGCAAUUAAUAUCAAAUUCCAAUAUGGCGAGUGCUUCGGUGAAGGAAUUUGGGAAGGCCUGGUGGUCGGAGGUGUACAACAGAAUAAUUGGAGCUGUCGUGUUUCUUGACGAUGCCAGUGCUGAAUGCUUGCACUGGGAUGGCGGCCUGUUUAACCUGCUGUCUGGUGGAGCGGUUGCUGUGAAGAGUUUAUCCCCAUUCGAGGUUUGCAAAAAAGAUCAGAAAAAGGCAGUGUUUAUAACACAAGCCACUUCCACGCAGCUGCAAACGAUAUCUGAGAUAAUUCGUCACAGUGACUUCACUCACUGUAUUCUCAUAUCAUGUGUGAGCUUAGACGUGGUGUACUUGGAGGUGAAUGAUGGCAGGGACGUGAGUGACGUCAUAGCCUCAGGAAGGGGAUCCAUAGAGGCUACUAAACAGCUGGAGAUGAUGCUCAUUGGGUGGAUCGGGAAAAAGCAAAGUGCAGUAGAAGUGGUGCACAUACCAAUCUUCACAAUAGCCCUAACGAAUGUGGUGUUUGUCACGCCUCCCUACCAUAAUAUAUACCCACUGUUUGAUGGCAAGCUGGAACCGGGCAGCCAAUCCAUAGACUUGCAUACACUCUCCUAUCAAGAGAGGGCUGAUGCAAGGAGGUUGGCUAGUGGGCUGAAUAACAUGCUGGACUCCAUGAAUCUGAAGGAAGAUAUCUACUAUAUGGGUUCUUACAGUUCCUUGUUAGCUGGCAUCUUGGAGAAUUCUCCUGUCUGUCUGGCUAGGCGAAAGAACUGCUUGCACCCAGCUUCACUGAUCAUCGUAGACCGCACGCUAGACCUGUGUGGCGUGACCAGCUACUCCACCGAGUCAGUGCUGGAUAAAAUCAUGUCAGCUCUGCCCAGGUUUCCCGGACAUUGCACUGAAGUUGCUGUUGACGUGUCACCACUUUGUGAAGCUAAUGUCAUUAACCACCCAGAAGACGUACAACUAAGUCCGGGUUGUCUCUACCACGCGAACGACGACGCCUGCAUACAAACUUACGAGUACAUGAUCAACAAAUCUCACAAAGAAGUCAUGUUCGAUCUAUACAACAAAUUAUCCAAGAUUGACGUACAAAAGUCGCCCAGUCCUAAAUCACUCCUGAAAGUCACGCCGCAAAGCGUUGAGAAAAUCGUCACUGCUUCUAAAGGUAAUUACGAUAUAAUAGGCAAGCACCUAGGCGUGCUGCAACAGGCGUUAGCAGUGGUACAAACGCUAAAGUCCCCGCGUCGCGCGCAACAAGAGUUGCUGAUGAGCUUGGAGAAGCAAGUACUGCAGAACCUAGCUGCUAGUCGGGACUCCACCAGUGUUUUGCAUCAGAUCAGCCACCUAAUCAAAACUCGUAAAGACAAAAACCUGCCUCUAGAGAGCUUACUAGCCCUCCUAAUCCACGUCUACUCUCUCGUUGGUACUGAAGUGUCAUUCUCCAAGCAACACGAGGAAAGUCUCACUGAAACCCUGAGCGUGGCCAUAUUUGAAGACCACAGGAGUUUGUACCAAAAAACUGUGGAGACUGAGAGUCUUAUGGUCACCCCGGAGUAUUGUGAUGCCACUUCUAAGAGGGUGAUGGGCCAGCUAAAGGAUAUUGCGCAAAUGAGGAGGAAUUUGCAGAAGUACAAUUCCGUAUUGAAGCCUUGCGAGACUGGAGUAGGUCAUGAAUACCGUGGAGUUUUGCAGCAAUUGGUGGAAGACCUAGUCGACACUGAACGACCUGAAUUGACAGACUUGAAGCACCGAAAUGAUAGCAUCAAGGACCUACUGCGCAGUGGACUCAACAUUCUGACAAGCAAGAAAACGCGAAGCACAAAACAUCCUUUAGACAACUCAACAAUUGUAAUCUUCGUGGUCGGCGGCAUUACAGCGGAAGAAUGCAAACGAUUACACCGCAGUGUAAUCACAAGUGGUAUAGACAAUACCGUGCUGAUCGGUUCUACGAAGCUGGUCACCCCUGGCGAAGCAAUGAGGGAUGUGUUGCCGUUAUAGCGACGCGAGAAAAAGGUCAAGCGGUCAUGGACUGCUGGCUAUGGCCGAUGGUCGCAAAGGCGUCGAGCACGACGCUCCGCCCUUUUUGGGGAACUGUAAACUAUAGUGUCAUAACUUCAAACCUCAUUUUGAAUAAAGAAUUUCUCCAUUUUUAAAUUAUUGAACAGGUUAUAUGUUCUAAUUAUAAUAGUGGUCUUUUUAACAGUAAAGUUAAACUUGGUGGCAUGGAUUUAGUAAAUAGUUACUACUUAAAUAUUCAAUUUACAUACGAACAUAAUAUGCAUUUUUUGUCUAAACGUCUGUAUAAGCUAGAUGUCUGUAAACAUGUAAAAACUAUAUGAAAUAUAAUGAUUAAAUAGUUAGGUGCUAAGAUUAUGUUGUUAUUAUUUUGUUGUUAAAUGUAUAUAAUUUUAAUAUUAUGUAAGCAUAACGCAAUGCAAUUACAAUGCAAAAUAAAUGAUUUUUCUUGAAUGGAUGUA